AUGGCAGACUAUGGUGCGCCCGAUCCCCGCUAUCAUGGUUCUCGGGCCAUGAAUUACAGCGGCUCCGCCGACCAUCAAAGAGAUGCUGCGUUCCAUAACAUAUUCGGCGGUGCGCCGCCUCCAGGGAGAUCUCAGACAAUGACAACCCAGUCAACAAACAUGAUGUAUGAUCGGCUUCCCAGUAUGAACUCAAUGACGCAGCCUCCGCACACAAUGUCCAUGAGACAGGGUCCUCCGCCACCGAAUCGGCAAAUGCCUCAAGCUUACGAUCGAACAAAUGGCAUAGCACCUGGGCAGCCAUACAUGAACGGGACGAGUGGGACAAGACCGCCACCACACAACCCUGCACCAAUGUUUCCAGAUCGGAGACCUUACCCACCACCACAGCGGAUUGAUAUUCGGCCAGGAGGGCCCCCGUCCAUGCCAAUGGGUCCGUACGAUCGCAAACCAGUACCAAACCGCAUGCCACCUCCAGCGUUAAACAACGACGCUUACCGGUCGCGAUCGAUGGUGAGACCUGGGGAACCCACGAUGAGUCAUAGGCCCCCUCCAAGCAGUUUCCAACAGGGAACCGCUAGUUCAUUCAGGCAACAGCCAUAUGCUUCGAUGGGUGCUUCGAGGACAACUGCACAAGGAAGACACAUACCAGAACGGCCGGACGACAUCCGGGCAAUGUCCAUGGGUUCAUACUCUUUGGAUCGCGAUCAUGCCCAACAAUUAACAAGUGGGAGGGUUGUACCCGGACGGCCGCGUGAACCAGAGUCGGAUCCAUUCGCGGAUGGCAGCUCUCUCAACGGCUCUUCAAUUUCAUCCAACUCUCCGGCGUACAGUCAAAUACCGCAUUUGCGGCGCACCAGUGAAGCAAGCGGCCCUGCACGUACCGUAUCCGCAGCCUCUGUCGCUUCGGCUUCGUCUGACUUGACUACGAUCAAUGGAUCCCGCAGUGACAGUAUGAUGAGUAGGCCAACUCCUACGACUCAUUCAUCUAGCCAGAGCCAGACAACAGCAGUCGUUCAAAGAAAAUCACCUCUUGUCUAUCCUGCUCUGCUCUCACGGGUGGCAAGCGCUUUCCAAGAAAGAAUUGGUGUGGGCGACAGGACCAAGAAUGACCUCUCCUACAAAAAUGCCUUCACCGGUGCAGAGGCCGUCGAUUUGAUUGCCUACAUCAUCAAGACCACCGACCGAAACCUGGCACUCCUCCUUGGACGAGCUCUGGAUGCACAAAAGUUCUUCCACGAUGUCACAUAUGAACAUCGUCUGAGAGAUGCGCCCGGAGAAGUCUACCAGUUCCGAGAGACUAUGGGCGAAGAAGCCUCAUCCAAAGACGUCAACGGUGUCUUCACCUUACUUACAGAAUGCUAUUCGCCCACCUGCACCAAAGACCAGCUCUGUUACUCUAUUGCAUGCCCAAGACGACUUGAACAGCAAGCGCGGUUGAACCUGAGGCCUCAACCAGGACUCCGACACUCCAAUUCAAGAGGCAGCUUACAUGGAGACGACGAUCAGGAACAGAAACUAUGGAUCAACAGUGUGCCCAAGGAAGUUGCCGAUAAACUAGACGAUCGAGAAAAGAAACGACAGGAAGUCAUCUCUGAGAUCAUGUACACAGAGCGUGACUUUGUCAAAGACUUGGAGUACCUCCGCGAUUUCUGGAUAAGACCACUCCGCGGUUCAGGUCCUGGCCCAUCCCCGAUCAAAGAAGAGAGAAGAGAGAAGUUUGUCCGCACGGUAUUUGGCAACUGCCUUGAAGUGCUUGCCGUCAACGGCAGAUUUGCAGAGGAACUCUCCAAGAGACAAAAGGAGCAACACGUCGUUCACUCCAUUAGCGAUAUCUUCUUGAAGUGGGUGCCUCAGUUCGAUCCUUUCAUCAAAUACGGUGCGAAUCAAAUGUACGGUAAGUACGAAUUUGAGAAGGAAAAGGGUGCAAACCCCGCCUUCGCGCGCUUUGUCGACGAGACCGAACGACUCAAAGAAUCAAGAAAGCUCGAGCUGAACGGUUAUCUUACGAAACCGACCACACGGUUGGCCAGAUACCCACUCCUUCUAGACAAUGUCUUGAAGUACACCAAAGACGACAAUCCAGACAAAAAGGAUAUACCGAAGGCUAUUGGCCUCAUCAAGGAUUUUCUUGCUCGUGUCAACACUGAAAGCGGCAAGGCUGAGAACCAUUUCAACCUCCGCCAACUCAACCAACAAUUGAAAUGGAACGCGGGAGAGUAUACGGAUCUCAAGCUGACUGAAGAGAACCGUGUCAUCUUGACCAAGAUGAACUUCAAGAAGAGUCCGACGGAUAACGCCGAAGUCCAAGUAUAUCUGUUCGACCAUGCUGUGCUGAUGUGCCGGGUCAAAAAUGUGAAUAAGAGAGAGGAACUCCGAGUGUACCGAAAGCCAAUCCCGUUGGAGCUUCUGGUGAUUGCCGAAAUGGACCAGGUCAUUCCACGUCUCGGCAUCGCCAAACGUCCCUCAUCAAGCUUGAUUCCUGGCGCGAAAUCAUCCGCGUCCAGCACACCCGGUCAGAAGGAGGUGUACCCAAUAACAUUCCGUCAUCUUGGAAAGGGAGCCUACGAGCUGCAACUCUACGCCACGUCGAUCACGCAACGUAAGAAGUUCAUUGAACUGGUUGAGGAACAACAAAGAAAGCUCCGCGAACGAAGCAGCAAUUUUUACACCAAAACUACUCUCUGUGAAGGAUUCUUCAAUGCCCAGAAUCGGGUCAACUGUCUCGUCCCAACUGAUGGGGGCCGCAAGUUGAUUUAUGGGACUGACAACGGGAUUUACGUUGCAGAUCGUUGGCCGAAAGACAAAUCCAUCAAGCCAAAACGCAUUCUCGACGCAACCCAGGUCUCCCAAAUUGAUACCCUGGAGGAGUAUCGACUUCUUCUAGUGUUGUCAAACAAGACACUGACCUCUUAUCCAUUUGAGGCACUCGAUGCGAAUAAUCAGAAUCCCCUGGCCACGAGGCCACGCAAGAUUCAAGGACAUGCCAACUUUUUCAAAGCCGGAAUUGGCUUGGGAAGACAUUUGGUGUGCUCCGUCAAGACUUCGGCACUGUCAACCACAAUCAAGGUGUAUGAGCCGAUGGAUGAUCUUACUAAGGGUAAGAAGAAGCCAGCGAUCAGCAAGAUGUUUGCCAGUGGCCAAGAUGCUCUCAAGCCUUUCAAGGAAUUCUACAUCCCAGCAGAAUCAACGUCGGUACACUAUCUACGAUCGACACUGUGUGUUGGGUGUGCCAGAGGAUUCGAGGUUGUUUCGUUGGAAACCACAGAGCGACAGUCUCUCCUGGAUCAGGCGGAUACGUCUCUGGAUUUUGUCACGAGGAAAGAAAACGUCAAGCCCAUACACAUUGAGCGGCUGAACGGCGAGUUUUUGCUAAACUACUCCGACUUCAGUUUCUUCGUCAACAGAAACGGCUGGCGUGCUCGGCCAGAUUGGAAAAUCACUUGGGAAGGCACACCACAGGCGUUUGCGUUGAAUUACCCGUACAUUCUCGCGUUUGAGCCCAGCUUUAUCGAGAUCAGACACAUUGAGACCAGCGAAUUGAUUCACGUUAUGACAGGAAAGAAUGUCAGGAUGCUUCAUUCGAGUACACGAGAGAUUCUGUACGCAUACGAAGACGAGAACGGCGAAGACGUGAUUGCUAGCCUUGACUUCUGGACCCAAGCACAAGUUUGA